UAUUUCUUCCAUUUUCUAUAUCUGGCCCUCUCUUUCUCAUAAUCUUAUCACUUUCUUUUCUAUAAAUUCCUGUCGCUCUCUUGAUUCUUUCGUUGAAGUCAGCCCUUUUAAGAUUCCUUGAAAAUUAUUCUUGUCAUGUUUUUGAUAUUUCCCUAGGUCUUGACCAUUUGAUCUUUGAAAUAUCUACGGAGACCCAUAUCCGACGCUUCUAUCGUUCUAUGUGUCGCUGACUUUUGAUUCCUACUUUUAUUGUGAGAGUCUUGUUUUGCGAGUGUAUUUCAAAUUGGGCAUCUGGGUAUCUCCGGUUUUGUGACUCGACUCAAGACAGCCUUGAGAUGGGCAUAUAUCUGAGCUCCCCCAAAACUGAGAAAUUCUCAGAAGAUGGUGAGAAUGAAAAGCUAAGAUUUGGUUUAUCAUCCAUGCAAGGAUGGCGGGCAACCAUGGAAGAUGCUCAUGCUGCACUACCUGAUCUGGAUGGUUCCACUUCAUUCUUUGGUGUGUAUGAUGGCCAUGGAGGAAAGGUAGUAGCAAAAUUCUGUGCCAAGUAUCUUCAUCAGCAGGUUCUCAAGAAUGAAGCAUAUGCAGCUGGAGAUAUAGAGACAUCUGUUCAGAAAUCAUUUUUCAGAAUGGAUGAGAUGAUGCAUGGCCAAAGAGGAUGGAGGGAAUUGGCUGUUUUGGGCGAUAAAAUUAACAAGUUUACUGGCAUGAUAGAAGGGCUAAUAUGGUCUCCCAGGAGUGCUGAUGGAAAUGACCAACAUGAUGACUGGGGUUUUGAAGAGGGUCCUCACUCCGAUUUUUCUGGACCAACCUCUGGGAGCACAGCUUGUGUCGCAAUUAUUAGAAAUAACCAACUUGUUGUUGCAAAUGCUGGUGAUUCUCGUUGUGUGAUAUCUCGAAAGGGUCAGGCAUACAAUCUGUCUAGGGAUCAUAAACCUGAUCUUGUGGCUGAGAAGGAAAGAAUUUUAAAAGCUGGUGGCUUUAUACAUGCGGCACGAAUAAAUGGAAGUUUAAAUCUCACAAGAGCAAUAGGUGACAUGGAGUUCAAGCAGAAUAAAUUUUUGCCUGUUGAAAAGCAAAUUGUAACUGCAAAUCCUGAUGUAAACACUGUUGAUCUUUGUGGUGAUGACAAUUUUAUUGUGCUAGCAUGUGAUGGAAUCUGGGAUUGCAUGUCAAGCCAACAACUAGUGGAUUUUAUUCAUGAACAGCUAAAGACGGAAAGUAAGCUCUCUGCUGUAUGUGAGAGAGUACUCGACAGGUGUUUGGCGCCAUCAACUGCCGGUGGGGAAGGGUGUGACAACAUGACCAUGAUCUUGGUGCAGUUUAAGAAACCCUUGGGCUCUAAUGCAUCUGCAGAUGAUCAAUUGUCAGAAUCUAAGUCCGCUGACGCUCCUGAAGGAAGUGAAUCAGUAGCUUCUACACACAAUUGAAUAUCCUGAUAACAAAAAUCACGAAGGAGUUAGUCCUGCCUUGCCUUGAUAAUCCAGGUUCACACACACAUCUGUAGAUGGUUUGACACGAAAGAAAACACAGUUAGAACACUUGAGAGAACUCCUUUUUCGUAUUGCACUGCAUGUUUUAGGUUUGAUGACCAAGUUAGUAUAAAAGAAAACAUGUACAGUAUGCUUGUUUGGAUAUCACCCAACCACAGCAAGCCUCGUCGUUGGUAUGGGACAUUUCACAUUUGGAAACAAAAUGCUUGUACACUUGUGGAUACCAUAACCCCCACCUCCGUUGGGAUUUUGAACCCAGGACCGCCAACUUCCUUGGGCUACUCUUUGAUCCCAUCUUUGCUUGUUAUGGGCUUCUGAUGAUAUCGGUCCGACUGGGAAGGGUAUAGAAACUAUAUUUUGUUAAAACCUGGACAACUAUAUAUGUGAUUUGGGGCAUGCCUCAGAUUUGUGUGGGAAGAAAAAGCUUGAAAGGUGAAAGUGCAAGUCUUUCCAUAUGCAGAUGAUGUAUCAUAUAUAUGCACUGUAUCUCUUAUGUAAGAAUUUUUUCUUCCCAAAUCUGAUAUGAAUCUAUAGAAAAUAUCAAAACCAGAAUGGAAUGCACAUUUAA